AAAUUUGGGGAGGGAAACGGGAGCGACGGCGACGAAAAAGAGGCAAAAACGGGAAAAAAGGGCAAAAACGGCGAAAACGGCAAAAACGGCGAAAACAGCGAAAACGGCAAAUCCGAGAGCGGCUCCGAGGAGGAGAAAUCCCGGGAAAAUGGGGCAAAAAGGGACCAAAACGGGAGCGACUCCGAGGGCGAAAAGCACCAAAAAGGAGGGUCGAAAAAGAGGGAAAACGGCUCCGAGGAGGGAAAAACUGUGGAAAAUGGGGCAAAAAGGGGCAAAUUCGAGAGCGGCUCUGAGGAGGAAAAACUGCUCAGAAAAAGGGGGAAAAAGGGUAAAUUGGAGAGUGAUUCCGAGGAGGAAAAACCCCUAAAACGGGGCAAAAUUGAGAGCGAUUCCGAGCAUGGAAAAACCUUUAAAAAAAGAGCAAAAAAAGGGAAAAUUGAGAGCGAUUCUGAGGAUGAAAAACCUCUAAAAAGCAGACCUAAAAAUGGGAAAAUUGAGAGUGAUUCUGAGGAUGAAAAACCUCUAAAAAACAGACCUAAAAAUGGGAAAAUUGAGAGUGAUUUUGAGGAUGAAAAACAUCUAAAAAAGGACAAAAAUGAGAGCGAUUCUGAUGAUGAAAAACCGCUAAAAAAAGGACCAAAAAAGGGGAAAAUUGAGAGUGAUUCUGAGGAUGAAAAACCCCUAAAAAAAGGACUGAAAAAAGGGAAAAAUGAGAGCGAUUCCGAAAACGAAAAACCUGUAAAAAAAGGACCUAAAAAUGGGAAAAUUGAGAGCGAUUCUGAGGAUGAAAAACCCCUAAAAAAGGGCAAAAUUGGGAGUGAUUCUGAUGAUGAAAAACCUCUUAAAAAAGGACCCAAAAAGGGCCAAAAUGAGAGCGAUUCCGAGGAUGAAAAACCACUAAAAAAAGGACCAAAAAAAGGGAAAAUUGAGAGUGAUUCUGAGAAUGAAAAACCUCUAAAAAAAGACAAAAACGAGAGUGAUUUUGAGGAUGAAAAACUCCUAAAAAAAGGACCGAAAAAAGGGAAAAUUGAGAGCGAUUCCGAGGAGGAAAAACUCCUUAAAAAGGGCAAAAAUGAGAGCGAUUUUGAGAACGAAAAAUUUCUAAAAAAGGGACCCAAAAAGGCUGAAAAUGAGAGCGAUUCUGAGGAUGAAAAACCCUUAAAAAAGGGUCAAAAUGAGAGUGAUUCCGAGGAUAAAAAACCCCUAAAAAAAGGACCCAAAAAGGGAAAAAUUGAGAGCGAUUCUGAAGACAAAAAACUUGCCGAAAAGGAGAGGAGGCCAUUGAAAAAAGGGGGAAAAAAGGGCAAAAAAGGGACUGAAUCCGAGGAGGAAGAGGAGGAGAAGCCGAGGAGGAAGGGCCGGAAAAGAAGCGAAUCCCAAUCGGAAUCUGAGGCCGGAUCCGAGUCCGAAUCGGAAUCCGAGGCCGAAAAGGAGAGGAGGCCAUUGAAAAAAGAGGCCAAAAAGGCCCAAAAAGGGCCGGAAUCCGAGGAGAAAAGGAGGCCUCGGAGGAGCGAAUCCCGGUCGGAAUCCGAGGCCGGAUCCGGAUCCGAGUCCGAAAAGGAGAGGAGGCCAUUGAAAAAUGCAGGAAAAAAGGGCAAAAAAGGGAUGGAAUCAGAGGAGGAAGAGAAGGAGAAGCCGAGGAGGAAGGGCCGGAAAAGAAGCAAAUCCCGUUUGGAAUCUGAGGCCCAAUCGGAAUCCGAGGCCGAAUCCGAGUCCGAAUCGGAAUCUGAGGCCAAAGAAAAGGGGAGGCCAUUGAAAAAAGAGGCCAAAAAGGGCAAAAAAGGGACGGAAUCCGAGGAGGAAGAGGAGGAGGGGAGGCCUCUGAGGAAGGCCCGGAAAAGAAGCGAAUCCCAGUCGGAAUCCGAGGCCGGAUCCGAGUCCGAAUCGGAAUCCGAGGCCGAAAAGGGGAGGAGGCCAUUGAAAAAAGAGGCCAAAAAAGGCAAAAAAGGGCCGGAAUCCGAGGAGAAAAGGAGGCCUCGGAGGAGCGAAUCCCGGUCGGAAUCCGAGGCCGGAUCCGGAUCCGAGGCCGAAAAGGAGAGGAGGCCAUUGAAAAAUGCAGGAAAAAAGGGCAAAAAAGGGAUGGAAUCAGAGGAGGAAGAGAAGGAGAAGCCGAGGAGGAAGGGCCGGAAAAGAAGCGAAUCCCAAUCGGAAUCUGAGGCCGGAUCCGAGUCCGAAUCGGAAUCCGAGGCCGAAAAGGAGAGGAGGCCAUUGAAAAAAGAGGCCAAAAAGGGCAAAAAAGGGACUGAAUCUGAGGAGAAAAGGAGGCCUGGGAGAAAAAGCGAAUCCCGGUCGGAAUCCGAGUCCGAAUCGGAAUCCGAGGCCAAAAAGAAGAGGAGGCCAUUGAAAAAAGAGGCCAAAAAGGGCAAAAAAGGGACGGAAUCCGAGGAGGAAGAGGAGGAGGGGAGGCCUCUGAGGAAGGCCCGGAAAAGAAGCGAAUCCCAGUCGGAAUCCGAGGCCGGAUCCGAGUCCGAAUCGGAAUCCGAG